GUAGAAAAGAAGAUGACAUGCAGCCGCAUUGCAUAGCGCCAUCCUUCCAUCAUAGGACUUGUUUAUUUGGAACACCCUUUAUUUCCUCUGCCUCUCUCUCUCUCUCUCUCUCUCUCGAUCUCGAACAAAAACAACUCCUCCUCGAAUCUCCUUUCACUGCACAGCUUUGGUUUGGGUCCUGAAAACUAAAGGAGGACCCAUAUGGCCAUACACACAGUCACUCACGAUAAAAACUACUCCUGCUAGAUAGAUUGAGAAAGAGAGAGAUAAUAUUGCUCUAUCUAUUUUUUCUAGACAGCUAUUUAGAGGAGAGAAGAGAGCGCAUGGCUUUAUAAGUCAUGGAUUCGCUAGCUGUGGUCGAAUUUCCAAGUGCCCUUUCUUUGGGUAUCUCUUAACCCCUUCCCCCCCUCCUUUUCUCUCUAUGUUACAAAACAAAGGCAUAAAUUUCUCUUCUUUUUUCUUUUAUAUGGGUUUGUUAUUUAUUGUAUAUACAAAGUUUCUUUUCUUUUCUCCUUUAUUUGUGUAUUGGCCAGUUUUGUUUUAUGUGAUGGGGUGUUAGGAAUUCUCUCUGUUUUGCAGGUUGGGGUUACGGUGGUAAUGUGAUGUGCUAAGUGGGUUUUUGUUCUUUCAUAAUUCUGCAAUGGAUUUGUCUUUUGAGGCGACACCUGCAAUGACUUUUGUGGAAGCCCAGAGGCAGAGGCAUUUCAGAGUCAAAUCAAGUUUUGUGUGAUUCUAUGAUUCACGCAUGAGGCCCUCUUGAUCCGUCAAAAAGCAGAAGUAUUAACGAAAAGAGAGAACUUGUCUAUCAAUUAUCAAAGUGGCCAGGUGCAUCUGAAAGGCUACAGUCAUGGAGCCGUCAGGAGAUUCUGCAGAUCCUAUGUGCUGAGAUGGGUAAAGAAAGAAAAUAUACAGGAUUGACAAAGUUGAAAAUCAUAGAGCACCUAUUGAAAAUUGUCUCUGAAAAACAAUCUGGGGAGUGUGAGGCCUCACCUGACCUUGAGACUGAAACGUCUCUUGCAUCCACUCAUAGAGCUUCCAAAAGACACAGGAAAACUGAUAACCCAUCUCGAGUACCUACUCCAUUUAACUGUUUUGCAACCAACAAUGGGAUCAGUGAUCAAGGCAAUACUGUAUACUGCAAAAACUCAGCAUGUAGAGCUACCUUAAGACCAGAUGACGCAUUUUGCAAGAGGUGUUCAUGUUGUAUCUGUCAUCAGUAUGAUGACAACAAAGAUCCCAGCCUGUGGUUAAUUUGCAGUUCAGAGCCUCCUUUUCAAGGUGUUGCAUGUUGCAUGUCAUGCCAUCUUGAUUGUGCCUUAAAACAUGAAAGUUCUGGCAUUGGGAAAGAUGGACGUCAUGGGAGACUUGAUGGGAGCUUUCGCUGUUUUGCUUGUGAGAAAGUCAACGAUCUGCUAGGAUGCUGGAGAAAACAAUUGAUGAUGGCUAAAGAUACCAGGAGGGUGGACAUUCUUUGCUAUCGUGUGUCCUUGAGUCAGAAACUUCUGAAUGGGACUGAAAAGUAUCAAAAACUUCAUGAGAUUGUUGAUGAAGCUGCAAAGAAGCUAGAAGCUGAAGUGGGUCCGUUAAUUGGCUUACCUGUAAAGAUGGGUAGAGGUAUUGUCAACAGGCUUUCUUCAGGACCAGAGGUUCAGAAACUCUGCACUUUAGCUUUGGAGUCACUGGACAGAAUGCUUUCAAACACCAUUUUGCAUCCGUUGCCUAAUCCAAAUAUGCAAGAUUCAAAAAUGAUUGCUCCAGUCACAGUCAACUUUGAAGAUGUACGUGCAACUUCCCUUGCUUUGGUUCUGGGUUCUGAAGAUUCUUCAACUGAUGAUAUUGUUGGUUAUACCUUGUGGCAUCGUAAUGGUCAUGAUCUGGAUUAUCCAGCAGAACCUACUUGCAGACUGUUCUUACCAAACACAACAUAUGUUGUCGCAGGUCUAUCUCCAGCCACAGAGUACCAUUUUAAAGUUGUUCCUUUCAACGGUGUAAGAGAAUUGUGCAUGUGUGAAGUUCAGUGCUCAACCAGCUCAACUGGCAUUACUCAGGACGAAGUCCCAAACUACUCAAUAGUUGAAAGAAGUCAAAGCCCAAAUACCAAUUGUAGCAGCUUCUCUAAUCCAUCCUCUGUGGAGGAUGAAACAAAUAACAAUCCACCAUGCAAUGAUCAGACUGUCAACCGAGCAGACAAUUAUCAUUCCUAUUGCAAGGACACUGAUAAAAUUGUUUCUGCCAACAAAUCGAAUGGUGCUUUAAAUAGCUCUGACGUCCUAGCAGAUGCAAUUCCCUUGCUAGACGUGGAACAUGCCACACAGGUGGUAAGCUCCAAGCUCAAUUCUGAUAUGCAAAUGCUUGAUAAGAAGCGCUUGUCAGAGAACCAAAUCAUUGAGGAGAUAAUUACAGAUAAUGGGUCAGAUACCCCUGUUCAAACUGCCAUGGAAAGCGUGCCAUUUGUGAGAAACUCUGAAGCUGGCUUGCCCAUUACUCCCUGCAAGCUGGAAAUGCUCAAGGAUGGGCAAGGAAGAAAUGGAAGGUCCAAAUCCAGCAACAAAGACAUAAUAGUUGUGUCUGGAAAAGGAGAGGAGCCCCAAUAUGGCAGCACUUCAAAGAAGAGAAGUGGGGAAUGGCGAGAUGAGGAGUGUAUGGCAAAUGGUCAUUCAGACAGGGACUUUGAGUAUUACGUGAAGAUCAUCAGAUGGUUAGAGUGUGAAGGACAUAUUGAGAAGAAUUUCCGUCAGAAAUUCUUGACUUGGUAUGGCUUGAGAGCAACAGCUCAAGAUGUAAGGGUUGUGAAGACAUUCGUUGAUACUUUUAUUGAAGAUCCUGCUUCUCUUGCAGAACAGAUCGUAGACACCUUUUCAGAAUGUAUAUCCAGCAGGAGAUCAUCAGUUGUGCCAUCUGGGUUCUGCAUGAAGCUCUGGCAUUGACAACCUUUGACUAGGUUAAAUUAAAGUCCUUGCGCAAAAACCCGCCAAGGGACUGUGUAGCAGUAAUUCUUUAAUUAGACCCCAUUAACAUUUCUUCAUUCAGACUAUCAUCAUUCACAUAUAUCAUCAGCAUUUGUCAUUCUUGUCAUGUAAGAAUGCCAGAAUUCAUUGCCUUCUACAAUAUAGCAUCCAUCUCAUUCAUUAA